AGUAAGAGCUUCUUCCUCUUUUAGGAAUCUCCAUCCUGCGGCUAAGUCACACAUGGCUCUCAACUCUUUUCCAUUUCAAGUUGCAUUGUCAAGUCCUUAUCUUGCUACAUUGUGAGAUUUGUUUCUGGGAAUGGCCAAGAUUUUGUGGUGCUCAUGGUAGUUGGUGGUGGCUUCUUGAAUUUCUGAGCUUGAGUUUUGACUAUUCCUUCGGGUACUAAACUCUUUUUUCCUUUUUCUUUUUUUUUUCAACCCCACUUGGAUCUUUUCAGAUUUUCUCCUCACCCCUUCAACUUUGUCUUCACUCUAUACCUAAUAUUCUUAGAAAUUUUGUGUCUUGGCUUCUUUAUCAUUUCCCCUCUCAACAACACUUUGAAAGCAAAAAUUCUCGAGCUUUAGCUUAUCUUAGCUUCUCUAUUCUCAUUUGUUUGUGAUGAUUACUUAGAUAGAGUUCAACAAGACCUUUCACAUGUAACCGAGACUUGGGGGUAUUUGGUUGAUUAUUGUAUCUCUUAAUUUGCCCCUCUAAGCAUAUUCUAGACAUGCUUGGACAAGGGAAUUUCCUCCUUAGAUUACCAUUCUUGCUAUAUAUCUUCAUUUGCUUCUUGAUACGUUCUGUUGUGGGAGCUGAGAUUCCAUUAGGUUCCAAAUUUUCUGUGGCUGACAAUGAUUGUUGGGUUUCCUCCAAUGGUGAUUUUGCAAUUGGAUUCUUCAACAUUUCAGAUCAACCUAACCAGUUUAGUGUUGGCAUUCGGUUUAAUUCGGAGUCUAUUCUGGUUAGCCAACAAACUGUGGUUUGGGUUGUUGGUGGCCAGGACACAGUAGGCUACAUGUCUUACUUUGAACUCACACAGGAAGGGGAACUGGUCCUGUUUGAUUCCUCACAAGAAGUUUCUGUUUGGACUAGCAACACAGGAAACCGAUCUGUAGCUUCAGCUAUGCUCCUUGACAAUGGAAAUCUUGUCCUAAUGGACAAAGAGCAACACAUCAUUUGGCAAAGUUUUGAUACUCCAUCUGAUACACUUCUCCCAGGACAAAGCUUGUUUGCCACCAAUAUGCUUCGUGCUGCGAGCAAGAAUCACAAGUCCAGUUACUAUACUCUUCACAUGAAUGCUUCAGGUCAUUUGGAGCUACAUUGGGAAAGUGAUGUUAUCUACUGGACAAGUGGAAAUCCUUCUGCUUUGAAUCUCAGUGCAUUCCUUACAACCAGUGGAGCUCUGGAGCUUCGAGACCAGAGAUUGAAACCUGUUUGGUCUGUGUUUGGAGAGGAUCAUAAUGAUUCUGUGAAAUACAGAUAUCUCCGGCUCGAUGUGGAUGGCAAUCUUCGCUUAUACUCAUGGGUUGAAGGUUUAGGAUUGUGGAGAUCGGUGUGGCAAGCUGUUGAGAAUCAGUGCAAGGUCUUUGCAACUUGUGGUCAACUUGGUGUGUGUGUCUUCAAUGCCUCAGGUUUUGCUGAAUGCCAAUGCCCAUUUGAGGUAAUUGGGACUAAAUGUUUGGUUCCAGAUGAAAGGGAGUGUGAAUCUGGCUCCAAUAUGAUAGCAUAUAAGAACACAUAUCUUUAUGCAUUCUACCCUCCUGUUAAUGCUGUUAUCACAAGUAGUUUGCAGCAUUGUCAACAGCUGUGCCUGAAUGACACGCAAUGUCGGGCUGCAACCUUUUCCAAUGAUGGAAUUCCACAAUGCUAUAUAAAGAAAACUGGGUAUGUAACUGGUUAUUCAGAUCCUUCUGUAAGCUCAAUAUCAUUUGUUAAGAAAUGUUCAGGUCCGUUUGCUGUAAAUCCAAGUCUCACCAUGUCUUCUCCUUCCAAACCAUCUUCUAGGCUGUGUGUUCCUUGUCUAAUAGGAGCUGCCACAGGCACAUUUUUCAUCUUUGUUAUUCUCCAAUUGGGAAUUGGGAUCUUCAUAAUCUACAGAAGAAAAAACUCUACCAGGAAAAAGGCCACUUUAGCUUUCAUAGGCACAAACUCAAAGGGCUUAAUAGUGUUGUCCUUCUCAGAAAUCAAGAGCGUCACAGGGGAUUUCAAGAAUCAAAUUGGGCCAAAGGUGUUCAAGGGUUUGCUACCAAACAAUCACCUGAUUGUGGUUAAAGACCUGAAUGCGUCCAUAGAGGAAAGGAAGUUCCGAAGUGCUGUUAUGAAGAUGGGUAGCAUCCAUCACAAGAGCCUUGUGAAACUAGAGGGUUAUUGUUGUGAGUUUGAUCAUAGGUUUCUAGUGUAUGAAUACUGCAAGAAAGGUUCAGUGGACAAGUACAUAGAUGAUUCUACUCUUUGCAGGAUGCUAACAUGGAGAAAGAGAGUUGAGAUAUGCUCAAGUGUGGCAAAGGCCAUAUGUUAUUUGCACUCAGGGUGCAAGGAGUUCAUAAGCCAUGGAAACUUGAAAUGUGAAAAUGUCAUGUUGGAUGAAAACUUAGGUGCCAAGGUGACUGAAUUUGGGUUUGCUAUUGCAGAUGGUAAGGCAGCAUUUUGUGGCUUUUCAGCUGAGAAGGAUGUGGAGGAUUUUGGCAAGUUGGUUUUGACCUUGUUAACCGGGAUUCGCGAUCAUGAACACGUUGAACUUUGCGAGUGGGCAUAUAAAGAAUGGAUGGAAGAGAGAGUGGCCAAUGUGGUUGAUAAGAGAAUAGAAGGAGAUUGUGAUUCAGAAGAGCUCGAGCGCGCAUUGAGAAUUGCAUUUUGGUGCCUUCAAAUGGAUGAACGUAGGAGACCUUCCAUGGGGGAGGUAGUAAGAGUGCUUGAUGGAACAUUGAGUGUUGAUCCCCCACCACCUCCAUUUGCCUUUCAGAGACCCUUACAGGUAGAUGAUUCAGAAGUAAAUGGCUCAGAGUUAGAAGUAUUCAAUUUUUAGGAACUUUAGUUCAUUUGUUUUCAUGUUAUUUGACUUCAUAAUUGAUGUGUAUAGUAGGACUGGACUAACUUGUAGAUGACAAGAAACUAUGUUCAUUGUUUCUUGCCCCUUAACCUAUUAGUUGUAGUUAAUCUGUAAAGACAUUUCUGUUCAUUUCUGAUCAGCAGCAUCUGCCUUAAGUUGUCUCCACUUAAAGACAUACUUGAGAGUUGAGAAUGAGGCAUUUUGUAUGAAUGAGCAUUUUUUGUGUGUGUGGAUAUUGCUAUUUAUUGUAACUUAAGAGGACAAAGUAGGCUAAGAUAAGAUAGAAGUUCAGUUAUAGUUAA